AUGUCUUGUCCCGGUCGUUUCAAAAUGGUUUUAUUAGGCGAAUCAGAUGUUGGAAAAUCUUCUUUAGCACUUCAAUUUGCAAAAGGACGAUUUCUAGAAAAUCCUUACAGUACUAUUGGUGCUGCUUUUCUUACAAAUACAAUUAAAAUUGAUCAAGAUACAACACUUCAUGUUGAAUUAUGGGAUACAGCUGGUCAAGAACGAUAUCAUUCUCUUGCACCAAUGUAUUAUCGUGGUGCUCAAGCAGCUCUUGUUGUCUAUGAUAUAACAAAUUUUGGUUCUUUUCUUCAAGCAAAAAAGUGGGUAAGAGAAUUAUAUCAAGACAAUCGAAAUGAAAUGAUUAUUGGCUUAGCAGGAAAUAAAACUGAUUUAAUAGCAGAAAAUAAACGUCAAGUUGAGACAUGUGAAGCAGCUGAAUAUGCUGAUGAAAAUGGACUUAUAUUUAUGGAAACAUCAGCUAAACGGGGUGAUAAUGUCGCAGAAAUAUUUAUGAAUGUUGCUAGACAAGUUGCUGUAAAACAAUCAGAUAAUAAAUUAAUUAAAUCAUCUAAACCAUUGCUACUAAAACCAAAUAAAUCGUGUUGCAAUGGCAAUAGUGAUCUAUAA